GUUCCUGGCAAUCCACACGAGACUUUUGACACAGUCCCCAGCACGCGCAUUUGCGUCCAGAUCGCGGACGGUGCUGGAGGCAGGGAGGUACAGUCAGUGAGACCAACUUCUGAUCCUCUCUUAUCUCGGAUUAUACCAAAAGGAAUAUGAAUACGUUACGAACAGCGAUCUUUUUCGUCCAAUGUCUAGUGUUACUCAAGGUGUGCAGUGGCGCCUCUAUGGACAGGUAUGAGAGUGCCAAACCCAAAACUACAGUGGUCAACCUCUUUCACACCCUGGAGAAAACAAACACAACAGGGCUUCAGGUGGACAAGGAGACGAAUGUCUAUGAAGAUUAUGAAGAUGAAGACGAAUACGAUUAUAACUCUGGGGAUUAUGACCUUUACCAACCAAGAGUGGCAUUAUCCACCAAACCCAAACAUCCGUCAGUGGUUCCCACUACAGAGAAGAGGACAAGAAAAGGAAAACGGAAGGGCAAAGGAAAAGGCAAGGGAAGAAAGAAGAACCCUUGCCUGGGGGAAUACAAGGAUUUCUGCAUUCAUGGAGUGUGUCACCAUCUGAAGGAGUUGAACACUCAUUCUUGUGUAUGUAACUUAGGAUAUUCAGGAGAGCGAUGCCAUGUGUUCACCCUAGCAGUUGGUAAGGAGGAACAGGGUUACAGCCGGACCACAGCUCUAGCGGUAAUAGCAGUGGUCCUGUCUCUCAUGUGUGUCGCAAUCAUCGCCAUUCUGCUGGCACUACGGUACCACAAAAAAGAUGACGCUGAUGUGGAAAGUGAAGAAAAGGUCAAACUUGAGUCAAUGUCAGUACAGCAGUGAUAAGGGAAGAAAGGACGAGGAAUGCCAAAAGGACAUGGAUAGAUAGCACCGAGGACUGAGGAGUAAGCAUGGGCACAAUUUCUACAUUCGUCCCAGUGUCCUACAGUCAAAACGGCUGUCUACACUGGCAUGAAGGAUGUUUUGAACGCUGCUUCCAUGUGCAGUACAAUGUCAACAUAUUCUCUUUGUGGAGAACAUACUUAGAGGACUGAACCGGAUGAAUGUAUGGCGACUUAAUCUAGUUGCUUUUUCGUUUGUUGCUUAUUUAUUUAUUUCAAAAAGGGUGUUUCUGGUUUCUCCAACGCCACAAAGCACUUGUAAUUAUUUAUUUAUAAUGUAUUGGUUAUUUAUUUUGAUAUGUAACAAUUUUUUGUGUACUGAAUGCACUGUAAGACGUUUUGUAAAUGUGUUUUUAUUGUAAAAAUAUUUAUUAUUGAUAAAUACAAUCAAAUAAUGUUCUAAUAGGACUGAGGUUGCAUGACAGACUUUGCAAUCACAUAUGGAAGACCUUCCAGUAAAGUUUUAAUAAUAAUAUUAUAGCUAAGCUGUGAAAUAAACAGAUUUGCAGAGCUCUAAAAAUCAAUCAUUAAAUGACGUAUUGUGGAGGAAUGUCAGACGCAGGGCUUUGUAGGUCUGUUGUAUGUAUUACUGAGAAAGUGUAGCUUAAAUUAAGUGAAAUAAAAUGGAAUAUGUCUAUCAAAGUAUUUUAAGUACUAUGUGUCUAGUAUAAAAUAACAUGAUUUCAUUAACAACUUUUAAGCAAUGAUAACCAUUUUCAAUUUGUGAUAUUACUGUUUCAUUUUAAUAAACAACUGUUGAAUUGUGACUUUCUAAGUGUUUCUUGUUUUCAAUAUUUGUCCUUUUUGUCUGAUUUAAGUGCAGUGAGUUUAGAUAUGUUGUUAUGUACAAGCAUGUUGUAAGGUUUAAGCUAAAUGUUUAAACACUGAUUCUCCAGAAGGAAAAACGAUGCAUUAAGAGCAGGGGGUGAAAACUUUUGAACAGAAUGAAGAUGUGUACAUUUUUCUUAUUUUGCCUAAAUAUAAGU